AACUGGCAAUUCUGUCACCCGUCAAUAUUUAGUCAACAUUGCAUUGCUAGUUGUAAUAAUCUAUAAGAAAAAACCUCAAUUUAAAUAGAAAGCAGGGCCAUAACAAAAGUUUAGAUUGUGAGAGCUCGAAAACUGAUCAUUAGAACAUAAUAUUCUUCAAGACGAGUGACAAACCAAAGCACCAAUAUGGAAUAACUUGUAUUUGUGGAUGCUUUCCUGCAACAAACCCAGACUUCUAGUACGAAUCGCACAUACCUUUUCUCAAGGUGAGGGGCGAUACCGUGAGAACUGCCAGAAACUCCUCGGGUCAUCCUGUUUUGUUCAAUUGCAAUUGGCGUAAGACUGAAUGAAAUGACGACCAAAAGGUGAUAAGCCAUUAUCAGGCAACAUUAAUGUGAUCUAGAACACAAAGAGAUCGACUUACGGGCUAAAUGUAAGAUGCAAGAUAUGAAGAUGACGUCAUGUCAGUGUAACAAAUCACCGUAAAAAUUGAUAAACUGUAAAUAUACAAAUAGCUGGAAAAUCUGUAUCAAGAAAGUCAUCACACAAGCAUCCGGUUAACAUGGAUACUUCAAGCGGGGCGUUCAUUAAAACUAUUGAGUGGGAUAUGAUGGAUAAGAAGAAAUUCUUCCCGCUCUCAAUGCUAAGCUCGUUCUCGGUGCGAUGUGCAUUAUAUCCGCUGACAGUCAUCAAAACACAACUACAGGUUCAAUACAAAAACGACAUCUACAAAGGCAUGAUCGAUGCCGGUGUCAAAAUAUUUCAAAAUGAGGGGUUUCCCGGACUGUAUCGAGGUUUCUGGAUUUCCUCAGUGCAGAUCGUCUCCGGGGUGUUCUACAUUAGCACCUACGAGGGAGUGCGACACGUGCUGAACCAACACGGGGCUAGUCAACGAACGAAAUCUCUUGUUGCCGGUGGUUGCGCUUCGCUUAUUGGCCAAACUAUUAUAGUUCCGUUCGAUGUUAUAUCGCAACACGCAAUGGUCCUAGGUAUGGGUGCAGCAGCCGGCGCAAAAGGAGGUAGUUUAAAUCCACUGGGUAUAAAUUUCGACAAGCAAAGCAGUCGGAUACGAAUCACAAUUGAUAUUGCAAAAGAAAUCAUGCGAAGAGAUAGCUUCAAAGGUUUCUACCGAGGAUACGCAGCCAGUUUAAUGGCCUACGUACCGAACUCGGCAAUGUGGUGGGCCUUUUACCAUCUUUACCAGGACGAAAUCCUAAGGAUUUGUCCACCAUGGGUGUCACAUCUUUUUGUACAGUGUGUGGCUGGUAGUUUAGGAGGCUUCACCACUACGAUUAUUACAAAUCCACUAGAUAUUGUAAGGGCUCGUCUACAAGUGCAGCGGCUAGACUCAAUGCAAAUAGCUUUUCGCGAGCUGUGGCAUGAGGAACAUUUCCACAUGUUUUUCAAGGGUCUCACUGCACGGCUAGUACAAUCCGCCGCAUUCUCGUUUAGCAUUAUCUUAGGCUAUGAAACGAUCAAACGCGUCUCAGUAAACGAACAAUACAAACAUCUAAUAAAGUGGUGAUUUGGAAAUUGUGAUGUUCGGAUUUCGCGCAUUUCGAAUCUAUACAGCGCAGCCAAGGAGGAAAGAAUGUAGCAGAAUGAGAAAAAAGCAUAAUGCCAAAUGACCUCAGCUGCUUGGUUUGCCUGCUUAAUCUACGAGUCUUUAGUCUUUACGAAUUGUCAUAGACAUAUGUAUUGUUAUUUGUAUAUGCUAAUAAAUUAGUUUGAAACCGCUGCAGCUAUAUAUACUUAACUAUUAGACCAUUGAAAAUCUUUCGUUUUUGCAAAAGGAUACCAAAUGAUAAAAUAAAGUCAUACAAAUAGAACGGUGGCAGUAUGCUGGUCAUAACAUUUCAGUUGUUUAGAUUGAACUAACCAUUUUUCAGUUGGAAACAUAACGCGACGCACACAAGCGGAACUCAACCGAAUGAUGAAGUCGUUCGAUUGCACAUCAGUCUCUGCGGUUUACCAACCAAAAAAGAUUACGCGGUGCUUGUUAAUCACAGCGUAGCGACAAAACUGGAAUUUUAUUUACAAUUAUUGUCAAUGUUGGAACUAUAUUUACAAUUAUUAUCAAUGUUGCCGCAAUCGACGUUUGGUUAUAAAAUGUUGGAAUUGUUUUUAUGUUAAUUUAUUUUCAUAUGUGAAUUGCAAAGCUUUGUAAUUCUUAACUGACAAUGGAGCAGUAUAGAAGAGUGUAUGACACAGUGAAUGAAAUAAGAAUAUAUGUUUAAGGAAACAGUCUAGUGCAUGAUAAUGCUUAUUAGAAGCACCAUUCAAAAUAGUAGGUGUUUCCAUUCUCUGUACAAAGAUUCACAAAAUAAAAUCGUAAUGGGAGUAUGGUUUAACUGAACUGUAUCAUUGUUGUUAUCUUCUUGGAAGAGAUCUGCGAAAAAUAUAAUCAAUGACCACGAACACAAUAAAUAUGUCUCUUGAAUAAAAA